CCGACUCGCCGCGUGCCGCUCCGGUCCCUCCUCGUGCUGUCCUCGCCGUGCACGCGCGUGGUACCCACGGUCGUGAGGAAGGAGGAGGAUGUUGCGCGUGAAGGGGAAAUGGCUGCCGAAAACAAGCCGGAAGGACUGAAGAAAGUUCGUAAUCCGGAUCGAAUGUACAGAUCAGCAGUGUGUUAUGCUGGCCAUGGUCCACCUAAGAGUAUCAGUGAUGACACAGAGACGAACAAUGAACAUGGACAUUUGAAAAUAUACCUGCCCAAGAAGCUGCUUGAAUGUCUACCAAAAUGCACGUCGCUGCCGAAGGAGAGGCACCGGUGGAACACUAAUGAGGAGAUUGCAGCUUACUUGAUAACAUUUGAAAAGCAUGAAGAGUGGCUAACGACAUCCCCUAAAACAAGGCCGCAGAAUGGGUCGAUGAUACUGUACAACAGGAAGAAGGUGAAGUACAGAAAGGACGGCUACUGCUGGAAGAAGAGGAAAGAUGGGAAGACCACGCGAGAAGAUCACAUGAAGCUGAAAGUGCAGGGAGUUGAGUGUCUGUAUGGCUGCUAUGUCCACUCCUCUAUCAUCCCCACCUUCCACCGCAGGUGCUACUGGCUGCUCCAGAACCCAGACAUUGUGCUUGUCCACUAUUUGAAUGUUCCAGCUAUUGAGGAUUGCGGGAAACCAUGUGGACCAAUCCUGUGCUCCAUCAAUACAGACAAGAAGGAAUGGGCCAAAUGGACCAAAGAGGAGCUGAUUGGACAGCUAAAGCCCAUGUUUCAUGGCAUCAAGUGGACUUGCAGCAAUGGGAACAGCAGCUCUGGUUUCUCAGUGGAGCAGCUAGUGCAACAGAUUCUGGACAGCCACCAAACUAAGCCACCUCCCCGGACUCACAACUGCCUCUGCACGGGUACCCUGGGUGCAGGGAGCAGUGUACACCACAAAUGCAACAGCGGCAAACACCGCAUCAUCUCCCCUAAAGUGGACCCCCGUUCUGGUGGAUACAGCAGUGCACACUCUGAGGUCCAAAACAAUGAUGUGUCUGAAGGGAAGACCGAACACAGUGCCCAUGGUGGAGGAAAAAGCUCUGGGGGAGGAGGAGGAGGUGGUGGCAGUGCCAGGGAGAAACGCAACGGCAAAGUCCACAAGCCUGUCCUCCUGCACCAAAACAGCACAGAAGUGUCGUCCACCAACCAAGUGGAGGUUCCUGACACCACGCAGAACUCCCCAGUGUCCAUCAGCAGUGGCCUCAACAGUGAUCCAGACAUAGCAGACAGCCCCGUGGUGACAGGGAUGACCCAUGUUCCGUCUGUCAUGUCUGGCCUGUCCCAGAGUGUCUUCAUGUCUGAGGUCACUGGAGAACCUGUCUAUAGCAUGUCUCCAACUGGGGGUCCCAAUGCUCACCUGAUGGGUGCAGAUGCUACUUCACAGGGCUUGGUGCUGUCCAUGACCGCUGAUCGACACAAAUUUGCCUUCCCCGGAGGAGGAGGAGUAGGGGAACCUGGAACUACCACGGCAGGAGACAGUCUGUCCAUGUUGUCUACGGCGAGUGUGUCUGAAGAACUGGUGCUAACCAGCAGUCUCGAUUCUGGAACCAUCAAGAUUCCAGAGACUAAUAUGAACUUUGAUCCUGACUGCUUCUUGAACAACCCCAAACAGGGCCAGACCUACGGCGGCAGCGCAAUGAAGACAGAGGGCACCUCCUCCUCAACAUCUUCUUCCUCCAGCGGCAGCAGUAGCACCAAUGGGAGUCUCCAGCGCUCUCCCAACUUGUCAGACAAUAGCUACCCCUUCAGCUCUGCUCUCGUAAAGAACAUCAAGACAGAAGAUACAUCAUUUGAGCAGCAGAUGAAAGAAAGUGGUUACCAGGUUGGAGGAGUUGUGAAUUGUGGUGGUGGGGUGUCAUCUGGUGCUGGAUCAGGUCAGGGCAGUCUUAGUCUGACCCCAACAGGUUCACUGCUUCCUUCCGGAGGGGGGCUUAGUCCCAGCACCACUUUGGAGCAGAUGGAUUUUAGUGCCAUUGAUGCCAAGCAAGAAUAUACUUCUAGUGCUACCACAGUGAGCUAUGGCCAGGCCAUUCCCAGUCCACAUAUGCAACACCAGAAUCGCUCGCCCAGCUUCUUCCUUCAGGAUGCUUCUCAAACCAACCAGACGCAGCAGGCCAGGUCAAGCAUGGGCCAGAAAUCACAUCUUAUGGAGCACAACUCCCAUGACUCUGGAGCUUAUCUGGGAUUGCAAGUGGUAAAAACUGACUCCCCUUCCAGCAAUGGCCACCUUCAUCAUCACCACCAGAGCCAGACGCAACACAGGGCCAAUUGUAAUGGAGGUUCACCCACAGAGGGGUCCGGCCAAGCGGCUUCUCUCCAGCUGCUGCAGUACCAGGGGCCCUUUCCUGGGUUGGGUACAGAACAUGAAGAGGUUGUUGGUCUAGAACAACCAGGUAAUGUCAACUCAGCUCAGACUGGAGCCACAGAGAAUGGUGGCAAGAACCUCCUCAAGCCAGGGGAUCACAUUCAGGCCUGUGGAGCAGCAAACAGAGAGGGAGGGAGACCAGAGCACUACAUGCAACAGGCUGCAGAUGGUAGCAACGGAGGGGCAGGACCUACAGGUGAAGGAGUAACAAUGCAUAAUGGAAACAGUGACGGUAGCAACCGCACCCAGCAGCUACAGCCUCUCCUCCAAGGCACAAGUAUGGUGCAAGGACUCUAUAAUGCAGUGGGAGCCCAUCAAGGUCUGACCGGAGCAGCUAGCAACGGAGGAGCUGGUGGAGCUGGCAUGGAGAUCAGUCUGGACCACUUUGACAUAUCCUUUGGAAACCAGUUCUCCGACCUCAUCAAUGACUUCAUCUCAGUGGAUGGCAGUGGAACCACUAUGUCUGCUGGAGGUGCCCUGUAUGCUCACCAGCUAGUCACAACUCACAACGCUGAAAAUCAGAACCCUGCCGGUGGGCCCCCCCAGCAGGGCCAGGAGGAUGGAGGAGCCAGAGGCUCGGGCUACAGCCCCUCAGAGCUCUGCCUUCAGCCUUGCUGCAGCCCUCAGUCACUAAGCGGAGGUGCAGGAGCAGGAGGCAACACCGGAGAAGCUGGAUCACUGUCCUACAUGAAUGUUGCAGAGGUCGUCUCUGCAGCUGUUGCCCAAGGGGCUUUGGGGAUGUUACAGGCCACAAGUCGCCUCUUCAUGGUCACUGACUACUCCCCAGAGUGGUCCUAUCCUGAGGGUGGAGUGAAGGUGCUGAUCACUGGUCCAUGGCAGGAGGCCAGCUCAAAUUACAGCUGCUUGUUUGACCAGAUCUCGGUUCCGGCCUCGCUCAUCCAGCCAGGGGUGCUGCGCUGCUACUGCCCAGCUCACGAUACAGGUCUGGUGACACUACAGGUGGCCAUCAGUAAUCAAAUUAUCUCCAGUUCUGUGGUGUUCGAGUACAAGGCUCGGGCUCUCCCAUCACUGCCAUCCUCUCAGCACGACUGGCUUUCACUGGACGAUAACCAGUUCAGAAUGUCAAUCCUGGAGCGCUUGGAGCAGAUGGAGAGGAGGAUGGCGGAGAUGGCCAGCCACCAGCAGACAAGCAGUGCGGGGAGUGGUGGCGCUGGAGGAGGAGCGGGAGGAGGAGGCGCUGGUGGGGGAGGAGUAGGAGGAGGUAGUGGAGGAGGGGCCGGAGGAGGGAACAACAGUCAGUCACAGUGUGCAUCUGGCCAGACGCAGGCCAGCAGCUCCUUUGAGAGCCGUGUUGUAGUGGUCUGUGAGAAGAUGAUGAGCAGAGCUUGCUGGGCCAAGUCCAAACAUUUAAUCCACUCCAAGACCUUCAGAGGGAUGACACUCCUUCACCUGGCUGCUGGCCAGGGCUACGCCACCCUCAUUCAGACACUCAUCAAAUGGCGCACUAAGCAUGCUGAUAGUAUUGACUUGGAGCUGGAAGUGGACCCUCUAAAUGUUGAUCACUUUUCCUGCACGCCUCUGAUGUGGGCAUGUGCGCUUGGUCAUCUGGAGGCAGCAGUAGUCCUGUAUAAAUGGGACAGGCGGGCCCUUGCCAUCCCAGACUCCUUGGGUCGCCUGCCCCUGUCAAUUGCUCGCUCUCGUGGCCACACCAAGCUGGCUGAGUGUCUGGAGCAACUGCAGAGGGAAGAGCAGCAGCCGCCCGCCUCUCUACCGCCAACGACUCGCAUGUCUUUCUCCCCAGCCCCCGAUGCUCCCACCUCCGACAACUGGAUGGUCAGCUGGGCAAAUGACAGCAUAGUAGCACCUGGCAGCAAGAAAGGAGGUCCGGCUAACACAAUAACCACACCCAGCACCACCAGCCCCAACCCAGAUUUAAGAAGGCCACGAUCAGAACCUUCUAACUGCUACAGCAGCGAGGGCCAGAGAGAUCUCCCAUUGGCUAAAAAACAUAAACCUAACCCGGAAUUAUUUCAUAAUCGACCCGACAAGCCCAUGUCUGUUCCUCUGAGCCUGGAGCAGCAACAGCUCCACAAACUGUCCUCCAGCACUAAGAGCAUGUCCGCGGAGGGCUUGAGCACUGACAAAAGUCUACCAACAGGAGGCAGCACUGGGACAACCAGGUGGAACUCCAGAGAGAGUUUCUCCCACAGCAUCAUGGGGAAGAAAGCACUGGGCAUCAGUGGAGGCAGCAGUUUAGGAAAGGAGAAGCUGGUCAACCGACUGCGGCAGCGGGAGCAGCUGGGCAUGCUGGUUAUGACGGACAGAGAAAUGGCAGAUUCAGAACUGCUGUCGUAUCGAGAGGACCUGGAGAACCAGGACUGCCUCACGCAGAUGGAUGACCUACAGGUAAACAUGAUGACUCUGGCAGAACAAAUCAUCGAAGCAACACCUGAAAGAAUCAAAAGGGAGAACUUCAGCGUUGCAGACUCUGGGCCUUUAGACACAUCGGCGGUCAGCACCACCAUGAACUGGCUAGCCAGCUACCUGGGAGAUGUAGAACAGCUGCCAAGUAUCAUACACCUACGAUCUCUGUACAAUGAGCCACUGACACCAUCAUCUAACCCUAACCUGAGCCCUCGGGGGUCUCCGCUCAGAGAGGCCCCGUUGGAGAGGACAGCGGUUCCUUCCCCGUCCGACUGGAGUGAGUUCAUCAACGCCUCCAACAGCAAAGUGGAGCGAGACCUGGCCCAGCUGACUCUGUCAGAUCCAGAGCAGAGAGAGCUGUACGAGGCUGCCCGAUUGGUCCAAACUGCCUUCCGCAAGUACAAGGGGCGGCCACUCCAGGAGCAACAGGAAGUAGCUGCCGCUGUUAUACAACGUUGCUACAAGAAAUACAAGCAGCUAACAUGGAUAGCCCUAAAGUAUGCACUUUAUAAGAAGAUGACGCAGGCCGCCAUCCUUAUCCAGAGUAAAUUUCGCAGCUACCACGAACAAAAGAAGUUCCAGCAGAGCAGGAGGGCGGCUGUACUCAUUCAGCAAUACUACCGCAGCUACAAGGAGUUUGGGAAGCUGAAGCCCCAUCAUCGUGGGGCUGCUGCCGCCCUGGUGCAGCACAAACUGAGAGGGAGUCUGCUCACGAAGAGGCAGGAUCAGGCUGCCAGGAAGAUCAUGAGGUUCCUACGACGCUGCCGCCACAGCCCCUUGAUGGACCAUAGACUGUUCAAGCGGGUGAGUGCAGCCUCAGCAACUCAGGUGAAAGAAUUGAAAAGGGCCAGGGAACAUGAGACCCCUCAGAAGAGCCCCCUUGCGAUGUGACAUCACUCUCCUGACUCCUCUUUUCGUUUUUGUUUGUACCUGAGACAUUUUACAAGAGAACAGAACAAAAAGAAAAAAAACAUCGAUUCAUGCACUGCUAUUAUUACUACUACUAGAGCAGUGUUACUGGUUCAACUUCUAUUACGUUGUAUGACAGCUAUUUUAUUUGAUUUGAUUUUUUUACAUGUUUAUUCUUUCCAUUGACUUGGUGACUUCAACAGCAUUAUGAACUCAAAGAACUGGGGCAACGGGUGCAGAACAUUGGCUUCAUGGCAUUUUUUGCACUUUUUCAUGGACUGCUUUUUAUUUUUAUUUCUUUUUUUUAGCUGCGAAGAGGUUUUAGACAGUGAUGAGAGACGACGGUGGACAGGCGGUCGGUCAAACGCGAGGAUCUCAAGAGACGAAAGUUAGGGCUGUUGCAGAAAAUCUCAAAGGACAAGGAGACCAUGCAGAAACACUCUGGGCUCUCGUUGUAUUUCAUGGUUAUUUUUUAAGACCAAUAAAUUCACUCAAAGACAGAUUUUUUGUUUACUUAACACCCACAUACCCCACUUUAAACCCAAUGCUGGUGAUUUAACAGUAUCCAUUUAAACUUAGUAUUCUUUCCAGUCCUUCUUUGCUCGACCCCACCAGUCCGCCCGCCUGGGUGGAGCUACAAAUGAAUGUAGUGGGGUUCAAACAUUCAUGCUGAAGCAGAUUGGGGAUAAAACAUUUUCUUUUAAAAAGAUACUAUGCUUUAUUGUAUAUAUAUAGUCCCUUUAUUACUUGAAUUUGUUUCAUAUCGUCCAAUGUACUCCUUCCAUCAUGUCCAAUGUAUUGGUGAGCUGUAUCAGGCUAUAUGUUGUUAAAUCUUACCAAGAAAAAAAAAAUGCAUGACUUCUAGACAGAAAAAGUCUUUGCUUGUGUGUUUAUGGUCUAGCCCUUCAGUCUUUCUUCUGAUUUUGAUUUUAUUUCCACAUUUCUCUUCAUAAGAGCCGUUAUUAUUUCUGUAAUUAAGCUAAUAUCCGUGUUCUCUCGGUUAUUUUGUUUCCUUCUUGGUUCCCCUCCCAGAGGGGAGCAAAAUGUCAAUUUUGUUCAUUAUUUUUGUGUUGUAACUCUUGUAGUCAUGCAGGUUGUUAUUGUUCUUUUGAGUUGAACUCCGGAGCCUCUGCAGGCUUUUGAGGGGAAAAUCACAUACAUUGCCUUGACGUCUUAGAGAUUCUUUGUGGGGUCCCUAAGCUUGUCCCAAAAUAGGGGUUUGACAAAUCCAUAUUUUUUGACAAUUGAGUGAUUUCUGUAUAUAAAAGAAGGCUGCAAGUAUGUAGGGGAAAAAAUGAACAUGUUCCCUUACAGGGAUUGUAUUUUAGAAAUAUAUUAUUUUAUUCAUUAAAAAUGGGUCGAAAACAGGUACAAGACAAAAACAGAAUAUUUGUAUAGUUUUGUUUGAAUGCUUAAGAAGUAUGGUUCUAUCGUUUGUACAUAGUGUAAAUAUCUGGGAUAAAGAUGAGCUAAGUGCAUGAAAAGUAUGAACAGAGUUAAAAGGGGGGAAAAAAAACUAAAGCAGUAGUGGCUAUGCUCUGUAAAAUUAAAAAUAUUUCACUAUUAGAGUAUUUUACUUUAUUUUGAUUGUUCCGGAGACAAACAUUUUGCUAAAGCAUGAUAUUAUUGCAUAUGAAAAAGUUAAAAAAAAUAAUGUAUUUAGUGUUAGGAGAGGUCUUUAAAAAUUAUCUUAAAUCCACUAUAGUUACUUUCAUUUUUUGUCAUUACCUGUUUGGUUUGGGCUCCCAAGAAACUUUUGCCAAUGGUGCCAAGGUAUACGAUUGCUAUGAAGCUUAAGAAUUUAUUUAAGUCCAUUUUUGCAGAACAGAUAAUCAUACAGUGAAAUACACUCUAAGGAACGAAAACCAUAACAUCCUGACUGACUGAGGAUUGAAGAAAACAUAACUUGUAAAGGGACUCAUUUUCAAACGAAGGGCAUUUUAGUGCAAGUUCAUCAUAUUUCCACCAUCCAGAUUUAUCAUAGAGCAUUGUUCAUCUCCUAAUAUACCACAUCAGAUAUGUGCUUGAUUUUUGUUGUCAGUAAAAAUGGAAUGUGACGAUCAUAGAGGUAUCUUGUCUGAACUCAAAGAUUGUAAACGGAUGCCUUUCCCAUUUGGAUCCGGACAUAGCAAACACAGGUGUUGCUGUUCUUAUCACUGAAACAGACUGAAUUCAUCAUCUCAGCUGUGCAACCUGACGCACCGAGCUUUGAUUUACGAUUCAUAGAUUGAGGUUUUGUAAACUGAAAACGACGAUGGUUUGACCUUUUUGCACAGCAUGUGUUGUUUUUAUAUUUUAGAAAUGUUUCCAGUAGCGAUUGCCAAAGGCAGACGUAUCCUGCAGUGUUGUCUCGGUCUUUGUGUUGUGAAAUAAAAAAAUAGAGCCAUGAUAAAUAAUUUUUAAACUUCCCAUCAGAUUUAUAAGCUAUGUAGAAUUCAACUGAAAAACAGAGAUUUUUUUUUUCUUAAAUGAUGAAACUGAAUCAAAAUUUGAUUCAAAAUCUUGGCUUAAUAUUUUCCCACUCCAAUUUACAAAAUGUCUUCAAAUCUCUAAAUGUAUGGACUUAUUUUUUUUCCACAGUCCUCGUCAGAUGAACCCAUAGAUUUUCAGUUCAGGUCUCUGGCAAAGCCGUUUUAAAACUAUCUGAAGAAAAGAAACCCCACAUCAUGAUGCUGCCAGCCCCGUAUUUUACCAUGGGAUACUUUUGGGGAUAUGCAAUGUUCUUUUUAUACCAUGCAAACUUUUUGGAAUUAUGGCGCAAAUUCAUGUUUUGUUCUUUGUGCAAAGAAGAAGAUUUUUAGGAAAUUUUUGACCAGGACUGGAUGUUUUAUUUUUUUGCUGUUUACAAACUUUUGUGAUGUUACUUCCUAUAUUUUCUUCUAUUACUUAUCACUGCCCUCAUAGCACAGUUAUUCUGAAAAUUUGGCAAAUUAAGGUUUAACAAUAUUUUAUUUUUUCACAUUCGAACAAUUUUUUCUGGCAGGAAGUUUUGACGAAGAAAGUCUUGGUUUAAGGUUGUGGAAACACUCAUGAAACACGAUUAUGAUGGGAUUUUUGAACAGUUGCUUAACAAAAUUGCUUUUCAGUUGAAUUUUACAAGAGAUUGGUUACAUUAGAGGAUGGGAAAGUUUAGAAAUAUGCAGCAUGGUCUAAUUUUUUACAUCACAAAACAUGGCUUUUAAACGAGGUCGAGUUAAAUUUUAUGAGGAGGCUGUGUUAAACAAAAGCUGGAGUCGAAAAACUGCUAAAUAAACUGUCAAAGAUGCUCGUGUGAUUUUAGGAAACACUGGAUGAUCUCAGACGUGUCCAUGAAAAGUCAAUAAGCUAAACAUGACUGUAAUAUAUUUAUGUGUAAAUUAUAGCACUAGCCUCUCUUGUGACACACUGGACAAUAUCAAAACAACAUAGGAUGCUUAGAAAAAUAAUUAGAGCCUUUUAGGUGCCUAUUGGCUGCUGUCUAAUUCUUAUUCUGCCAGAAAGUGUACUCUGUAUCCAAACAUGUGAAAAUUCAGCCAAGUGCCACUGAAAAACUUGAUUUUCAUUUAUUUCUUUUUGACAUCAUUAGGAUCUAUAGAUAUUUCCCUGAUGUUCUGGAACAACUGGUUGUUGUCGUGCUGUUUUCCGAAUCACCUGAUGUGUGAACUUUAUUUGCAAUGUUUAUGUAGAAAGUGCCUAUUCAUGUCCUCAUAACACCAGUUGCAGAAUGCAUUCAGUGUACCUGAUCUUCAGGGAGUACGUCACACGAUCGCACCAUUACACUCACUCCCCUGCACAGUAGAAGUAGAGCGCUCCCGCUUGUCCGCGCUACGGCUUUAUUUUCAUUUUUCCACCUCUUCCAUUUUCUCCUGGAACAGCUUGACUUUUUUAGAAACGCCACGAUCGGGGUCUGCUGCCUUGCGCUCAUCCUCCGGUUUGUGGUCAGAAUGCAUAGCCAAUGCAAUGUUUUGGGGGAAAAAAAGUGGGAGAAGGAUUUAUAAUGCUUGCAUGGUAAACUAGUUAACUGGGUGACUGAGCUGCACCUAUAGCAUGCUUAUUUUCUUUGGACUGGUAGUCAGAUAGACUUGAUUAAGACAUAAUGUUUGCAAAACAGUAAGCAGCUGGUUUGGUGUAUCAUUGAGGGGAGAAAUGUGAUUGUGGGGGAGACAAAACCUGCAAACAAAGCCAAUGACCAGUACUUGGUAGCUACGGAUGUUUUCAUGGCAGAGCAUGAGGACAGACUUAUAUUUCGCAACAAGUUUCUUAGGUGUUUCGUUUGCUUUUUAUUGUUCAUUUAGGCUCAGUGUACCACCAAACUCACUUCUAGGACAGAUGGACACAUAAGCAUUUAGCGUUGGUUGACCUCCCUUUUGUAUUUUACUCAGGGUGCCAAAAUGGGGAGGAGGAAACAGAGCAGGACAUGCAUUUCACAUCAGAGGAAGCUAAAACCCGAAAACAUAAAUGGUUAAAACAACAUGGAACUGAAGGUUUCAUUGUACAACGUUUAAAGUAAAUUAACACAGUAAAUUUUCUCUUGCUAACCUUGAACAGGUGGAACCCUGAAAUGGACUCCAACCAUAUAUGUAGCUCUUGGAGAUGAAUGACUUUUAUGAAGACCUCCGUUACUCUUUAGGCCUUUAAUUUAUUUAGGUGUCAAACUGUAGAGGGUAUUUAAGAUUAGGUGUAGUUCUAUGAAAAUUGCAACUACAAAUCUUGUUUUUUACUGCCAUUUCUUGAGGGUGGGGUGACAGGCACACUUGUUUAGCACACAGUGUUUAUCAGUUCUAAGAUGUUCUGCAAAUUGACCUGAGAAUCUGCCUUUCCUCCUCUUCCUUUUUCCGAAGCACCCAAACCUCAGAAAGGUAGGCGCAUCAGGGCAACAGAACAGAAACCAGUUCAGCAGUAUGAUCCACGUGUUGACACAGAGCAAUAAAGAAAUUAUUUUGUGGAGCCCUACCAGGCCUAGCAAAGUUUAAAAAUGACUGGACACGUGUAGUCGACUUACUCUUUAUGCAAAUGCCAGUAUUGCAAGACAAGCAUUCAGUAGUUUAUUGACAGCAAUUAUAUGGCACCCUUUACCCAAUUGCACGUUUUCAUCAAUUCCAAACUGAAGAGAAGAAAAAAUGGCCCUGCUUUGAUAGAAAGUCAUGGGUUCUCGACACUUUGCAUGUGAACUAGUGUUAGAUCUCUUUUCCUCUCCUCUAUAGCUGUCUUUCUCUCUGUCUUUCCCUGUUAUGUGACCCGAGUUUUCUCCGCUCCCCGCCCUUAGAAAAAAUGUCCAUCUCCUCUCGGUUCUCCUAAUGUGUUAUGCUUUCCUCCUUUUUCUUCCCUUUUCUUGUUUGUAAGUUUUAUUUUUGUAAUUGUGCAUGUACAAGCGUCACUGACUCAAUGGAUAUGUUUAAAAAAAAAGAGAUUUCUGCUGCUGAAGCCAUGCAAAACAUUUUGAAUUGCCCUUAAAAUAUGGAAGAUGUUUUCUGAAUGCUUUAUAUUCUUUCUGCUGUAAAAUAAUAAAAAAAGGAGAAAAUGAAGAAAACUUGAGAA